CAGGAAGUUGUCGCAGAGGGAGUGAAUGCAGAUCACCCAGAGGUCAGGGCUCCCUCUGCUGGCUUGGUGACAUCAAGAUAUUUAUUCUUGCUAAGAAACAAAUAUUCGUUUUAAGGCCCUGUAUGGUUUACUCCAGCAACUCUAUGUCCAAACUCUUACAUCCUACCAUUUUAACACCAAAUGUGGUUUUGUUUUUAUCUAUCCAUCGCUAAAGACAUUUUUGUUUUUAAUAUUAUAUUUUAUUUUUGUUUUUUAAUAAUAUGUGUCCCUAACAAAGAUUUAAUAUUGGCAAAGCUUGGUAGAUGGUUUCCACGUUUAAACCUGACCGUUUUGCCUUUUGGAGAGAAUCUUAAACUACAUAACAUGUCUAGAUAACACUAAGAAACAACACAUGCCUUCAAAUAUGUAUUUCAAAUAUAAUAAAAAUAUGAAAAUGUUUUUUUUAGUUUUUCCUUCUCUUCUCCAUUUACACUUUUUUUUAAUUAGAAACUACAGCAAAACAGAAAUGCUAUUAAAGAAGACUUUUAUUUUGGUGUUUGGGUGUGAUGUCAUAAGGCUGCAUCUGGCUUCUGCGUCUGUGAUUCGGUUGAAGAAAGGUUUGUGUUUAAUUUUGUGCUAACAAUGUAAAAUUACUUGUAAGCCUGUAAUGAGUCAUUUAACGUAAGUGCUCAUUAUUCGUGAGAGUAAAGUGCAUCAGCAACUGCACAAGAAAAGCUGCUUAUUUCUUGUUUUGGGAUUCAACAGACUAAUCAACAAUUUAAUGUAACGGAAUAAAAAAAUGUCAGGCUUAUUUCGAUUGAUCUGACUUGUCAAAUGAUUUGGUUUUAUAAAACAAUUUUAAUAUAGCCCAAGCUCAGUCACUGUGGAAACAUGCUGAGAAACAAACCUGGUCCGAGGCAGGCUAAAGAUGGCGUUUAUUAAAGAGGAGAGUGACGACUGGAAGAUUGAAGAUGUGAAGAUUGAAGACGUAUUCAGAGUGAAACAAGAAGAUACUGAGAAACAAAGAGACCGGAUUGAGGAGAGUCAAGAACUGAAAGAUACGGAAGGGAAAGAGCAGAAUGAGAAAUACUGUGUUUUAAAAAUUGGAAAAAAUCCCACACAGACUAAAAAGUGCUUGUCUCAAAAAAGUGUCCAGGAGAUUGAAUCUGAGAGCCUUUUUACCUGCCAUCACUGUGGAAAGAGUUUCAGUCGUAAAGGAAACCUUAAGGUCCACAUGAGAGUUCACAAUGGAAAGCAACCUUAUACCUGCCAACAGUGUGGAAAGAGUUUCGCCCAAAAAGGAAGCCUUGGAGUCCACAUGAGAAUUCACAAUAGAGACGUCGCUUUGUCCUGCAAACAGUGUGAGAAGUGUUUCACUACCAAUGAAAAACUGAAAACUCACAUGAGAGUUCACACUGGAGAGAAGCCUUUCUCCUGCCAACAGUGUGGAAAGAGUUUCGCUCUCAAAGAGAACCUUAAAAUUCACACGAGAGUUCACACUGGAGAGAAACCCUACACCUGCCAACAGUGUGGAAAGAGUUUUGCUCAAAAAGGAAGCCUUCGAGUUCACAUGAGAAGUCACACUGGAGAAAAACCUUACACUUGCUCUCAGUGUGGACAGAGUUUUACACAUAAAAGCAACCUUACUUCCCACAUGAGAAUUCACAGUGGAGAGAGGUCUUUCACCUGCCAACAGUGUGGAAAGACUUUCCCUCAAAAGCAAAACCUUGAAGUCCACAUGAGGAUUCACUCUGGAGAGAAGCCUUACACCUGCGCUCAGUGCAGAAAGAGCUUUACUCAUAAAAACACCUUUAAAUACCACAUGAAAAUACACACUGGAGAGAGGCUGUUCGCAUGUGAUUGGUGUGGAAAGAGCUUUAUAACAGAACUGAGCCGGAGAUACCACAUGACCAUUCACACCGGAGAGAAACAGUUCAUGUGCUGUCAGUGUGGGAAAAGUUUUGCACAUAAAGUAGGUCUAAAUUACCACAUGAGGACUCACUCGGGAGAGAACUGUUUCAUGUGUCAACAAUGUGGAAAACGUUUUAGUCAUAAAUGUAACCUAAAAACUCACAUGAGACUUCACCCUGAAGAGAAUUCCUUCACCUGCAAAUCUGAGUGAACGUUGACGCUGGUCCUGACUGAGAGUCAAUUCUAAAAGUAGUUUUACUACGCUUAGGGCAGCAUCGAGCGCUUGAGGCAACCAGAGACGUUGCAUUCGAAUUAUUGAAAGACGUUGCGUUGGUUGUUUAUGCUGCACUAGCAAUAAAGACGUCUUCUCUGAUGAUGUCAGUUUGACGCCUUGGGCAUGAGCAUGACAUCAUUGACCACGCCCCUGAAAUGCCUACUUUAUUACAUACAAUCAAUAAGAAGUAGAAGAAACAAGCCCACUGUUUUCCUCAUUUAAUAGUGUGGUUUUUUAUAAGUAUGGUACAAUACGGAAGUAAAAUUGGUCACAAGCUUCUGGUUCACAUGGACUUUAAAACAGAUAUCUGUUGGAAAUUAUUAAUGCAUUAUUGGCACACAAACACACUAAGUAAUGUUAUGUCACGUUCCCCGGACUUUGUUAUUGUUUUCGUCUCGUGCCAUGUGUUCCCUGUGCCCUGCCUUUCCUCCAUGUUAAUUGUAUGAUUGUCUGCAGCCGUGUCUCGUCAGUGUUGUCAAUUACCCCGUGUAUUUAAGUGCUGUGUUUUGAGUUCUGUUGGUCCAAAAGCGUCAAGGUCUAUACCCGAUGUCUACACCUGUGUUUAUCCUGCCUGCCUGUUCUACCUGCCUGCCUUUUUGUAUCUUUAUUUUACCAUUUUGAGAUUAAACCCAUUUGAGUUCA